CGCCGGUUGACGCCAUGGACCAAGAGACUGCGUUCGACUCGGCGUCCUUCGAUGCCUCGCCGGUGGACAAGACGUUCCCCAUGGGCAACCUCUUCCACAUUGGCCUGCAGCUUCCUGUGUACAGCAGUCUGCUCUCGUUCGUGUACGUGAUAGCGUUCGUGGUGCUCAUAAAGUCGCUGCUCACACAGUUGGAACUCAAAGCGUCUCCGCACCCCAAGUACUUCAAACUGCUCACCCAAAUGUACCGUGAGCUUCUCGUCGGGGGUCUCAUCAACUUUCUGAGUAAGCGGCUCAUGGAGUUUGGUGUAUUUGAGGACGACAGCGACAAGUACACGGCAUGGGAGGCCACUGACGACAUGAUUCUCUUCUUCGCCAUCUCCCUGACCAUUCAGUCGGUGAUCAUGUUUCUCCGCCUUCGCGCGCGCAACGUCCAACUGGACGAGUUAUCGCUCCUAACGCCGUCCGAGCUGUACGCCAAGGCCACCGCGGACGGCACACAACCCCAUAUCGCCAAGCCGUACGUGUCAGCGACCAAGAUGUUCAUCCUUCGCGACUUCUUUCUGCGGCAGUACAAGCUUCCGCGGCUGUUCCUCUUCGCCAAGUACCUCCGCGCCGUUCAAGACACGGAGAUCAUCCACCUGUACGAAGUUGAAAAGUCCACGUGGAUUCUGCUCGUGCUCGUGCAGGGGUUCUACUACAUCCUAAGCGACUACAGUCUGCCCGCCUACCGCGACGACCUGAGCAGCCCAACGAUCCGAGACUCCAUCCACAAGAAUCGCCUUCUCGUGCUCUUUGCGCUCAUCUCGGCCCUCACCGUGAUGAUGCUAUUGUUGUACGCGUACUUGAAGAAGUGCGUGUCGAUUAUGGUCGUGCACGCCGGCGGUGACGAAGCGCAGCUUGUGUCGGCCCUCAAGCACAUUGCAGACUCGGCCGAGGUGGCCCCCGUCGAUACAACUGAAACGACGCUGCUCCAACUGUUUGACCGCACAGAGCACCUACCAGAGUACGAGACCGAGUCGAGUUUUGCGGCGCUGUGUGCGACCAUGUUUCGCAAGGUGACUGGGUCAAAAUGGGGGCGAAAGCACCCGACGCCGCACUUGGCUUGUGAUUUGCAUCUGCCGCUGUUCAGUCGCAAGGCGGUGCACGUGCUGGCCAAGUUUUGCCUGACUUUGAACGCGUUUUACUUUGGCUUUCUGUUCCAGGCGUUUAUGGUGCUACUGCGCAAGGCCCGCGGGUGGUCACUCGGCGUCAUUGCAUCGCAACUGGCGCUUUUGCUCGUCAACAUGACGCUGUUGAGUCCACGGAUCAUUCGGCAGUUCGCGCUCAUUAACGGCAUCGUCCGCGUAUGCCCCGGUGAACUCAAGCAAGUUCUCGAGCACUUUACAGACGUUCUGGAGCUACAAAGGCGGAUGGUCAACGCCAUCCACCGCCACACAACCACCCAUCGACUUGACUUGCACGAGUUGCUCGCCGAGUUGCAAAGCCACGACCCGACCCAAUCACGAUUUGUUGAACGAGAUGUGCUCCGACAUGUCAUUGCCAACUACGGGUUCAAGUUCUCGAAACUCAAGUUCAACACGUUUGUGAGGUUGCAAUGCAAGACCCACGGCACCCAAGUGCGAUACGAUUUGUUCUUUAAAGUGCUGGAACGCGAAGCCGCGGCGCUGUCGGUCGAACAAGCUCAACGGAAAAGACGACCCGUACAGACCACAUCCGAGUCGCCCACUAUUUCCCACUUGAUCUGAAUGACGAAUCGAAUGAAUCAAUGUUGUUUACAGUGCAA